UCCCAGUGUUUGGUUUCCGCGCCGCGCUGAGCUGACCGAGCAGACAUGGCAGCAAGCUGCAGCGACAGCAAACCGGAUGAGCCGCAGACAGAUGGAGGGACGGAAGGGGAUAGAUCCAUGUCGAGGUCAGACAGUGGAAGUGGUGACGAUUCCUUGGAUGGCCUCUCAAACCAUGUCCCCCGCUGUCCUUUGACCCCUUCGCUAUCGCCACGAAAACGGACUACAAGCCAGUCCAAGACAGAGCCUCCUCUGCUGAGGACUAGUAAAAGGACGAUCUACACUGCAGGCAGACCACCUUGGUAUAAUGUCACUGGGACAACCUUCAAAGAAGCCUUUGUUAUAGGUCUGUGUGGAGGAAGUGCCUCUGGGAAAACUACAGUAGCCAAUAAGAUAAUUGAGGCGCUGGAUGUCCCCUGGGUGGUUCUGCUUUCAAUGGACUCUUUCUACAAGGUGUUGAAUAAAGAAGAGCAGGAGCUGGCAGCUAAAAAUGAGUACAACUUCGAUCACCCCGAUGCCUUCGACUUUGAGCUGCUGGUCAACAUCCUGAGAAAGCUGAAGAAGGGAAAAAGCAUCAAAGUGCCAGUUUAUGACUUCACCACUCACUCCAGACGCAAAGAAUGGAAAACUGUGUAUGGUGCUAAUGUUGUCAUCUUUGAGGGAAUCCUAGCCUUCGCCAACAAGGAGCUGCUCAAGCUUCUGGACAUGAAGGUGUUCGUAGAUACAGAUUCAGACAUCCGCCUCAUACGGAGGCUGAAGAGGGACAUAUCACAACGUGGACGGGACAUCAGCGGCAUCAUCAAACAGUACAACAAAUUUGUAAAGCCAGCCUUUGAGCAGUACAUUGAGCCCACUGUGCAGGUUGCUGACAUCGUGGUUCCCAGAGGUGGAGAGAACUUUGUAGCUUUGGAUUUGAUUGUUCAGCACGUACACAGUCAGCUGGAGAAGAGGAAGAUGCGCUGGGAUAUAUCGGCUCUGGCCUCGGCUCACCAGGGUCAGCCAUUACCCAAAACCCUCAGCGUGAUGGAGAGCACGCCACAAGUCCGUGGCAUGCACACCAUAAUCAGGAACAGGGAAACUAACCGAGAUGAGUUUAUCUUCUACUCCAAGAGAUUAAUGAGGCUCCUGAUAGAGCAUGCCCUCUCCUUCCUGCCUCUCAAGUCAGUGUCUGUGGAAACGCCACAGGGUAGCAUCUAUGAGGGGAAGAGGCUGUGCGGUAACAGAAUAACGGGUGUUUCUAUCCUGAGGGCGGGAGAGACCAUGGAGCAGGCUCUGAUGGCUGUGUGUAAAGACAUCAGACUUGGAAAGAUCCUCAUUCAGACCAAUCAUGACACAGGAGAACCAGAGCUUCAUUACCUUCGUCUGCCCAAAGACAUCAGUGAAGACUACGUCAUCCUCAUGGACAGCACCGUGUCCACUGGAGCUGCUGCGCUCAUGGCGGUCAGAGUUCUGCUGGACCACGAUGUAGCUGAGGAUAAGAUCUUCCUGUUGUCCCUGCUGAUGGCUGAGAUGGGGGUCCAUUCGGUGGCCUACGCCUUCCCUAAAGUUCGGAUCAUCACCACCGCCGUAGACAAGGAGGUCAACGACCAGUUCCACAUCAUACCAGGCAUCGGGAAUUUCGGAGAUCGUUACUUCGGCACCGAUGCUCCGUCGGACUGGUGUGAAAGUGACGAGGGGAUGGAGUUCUGAGGAGAGAGGGCCAAUCAUGGAGGUGCAGGGUUGUUACAAAAGCACUUAGUCACUGGAAGAAGAAGACAGCUGAUUGGUGCCGUUGAUGUCCUCCUGAACAGUCAGCUGUUGCUCUACAAACUGCUUCCCAUUCACAAUGAUAUACUUUAAAGUCAGUUUGGUUAUUAAAAAAGUCAGGAGCUAAAGUUGAAAGCGUUAGCUGUCCUGCAGGAUGCGGGAUGCUUCUAAAAAGAUGAUAUACCAUUAAGUUAUAAUUUAAAAAGGGGAAACCUGAAGCUGCAGCCCGUGAGCCUUCAGGGGUGAUGUUUAGAUUUGCAUCAGUUUACUGGAAAAGCUGACCUUCAUAACCUACAUAAUGUAAAUAAAAUGACUAAUUGACAGAUUUUAAAACCUAGCCACUAAGUUAACUGGAAGAUCCAGCUCCAGCGACGCUCAGUUAUAAUGAUGUAUAAGCAGUUUAUGAAAAUGGUCACUUCCUGGUGCUGGGUCAGUCAAUAAUAAUGUUAUCAUUUGCUUUGCACAUAUACAUAAAGGCGAGCGUGGAGGUGAUGGGUCUGGCCUAGUUAGCGGUGUAGCUUGGUGUUUUUCUCUCCUAGCUUAAAGCUCUCGUAAGAAUCAGUGUAUUCCAGCUUUGCUCUGCUGCUGAAGCUGCAGCUGUCUGUACUGUAAAACACUUUUAUCUCAGGCGACUUCCACUGAAAGGGACAGCAACGACUCAUACUUGAAGAAGACUGACCGAGUGAAAAGGUGAAAGGUUUUAGCUUCCUUUUUAUUCGGUUACUCUCCUGUUAAAUUGUUUUUUUUUUCUCAGUGUCUUUGACUUUAUGGUUCUUGUACAGCAAUAAGAGAGCCAGGAUAUCCCAGUUAGUUAUUUUUUUAUUGAAGCAAUUUAAAUUUUGAGAUUUUAAACAUUUCUGCCAAGCUUCAGCUGCUAAUUGAAUCAACACACAACUAGGGAAUGCUUUGUACUGUAUUUCUUGUCAGCUCUUGACCUGAAGCCCCUGUUACUGUGAGAUUUUAUUGAUUCUCAUCAACAGAAAACAUCUUAAACCAAAUGACAGCAGGGGUCUUUGCUGCUAUAACGUUUUGAUUUAAAACAGAGCUGCAUUCAGAUUUCCCAGAUUUUGAUUGGCUUUAAGUCUUAGUAGCAUUUCAUGUGUAAAUGCCACACACUGCUUCUGUUUGCAGACAUUUUAAAAAAAUGUUUUCUUAUUUAUUUAUUGUAUUGUAUGAGGGUUCUUCACACAUUCAACACAUAACAGAUGUUUAUUCAAACUGCAUCAUGAAAAUGUUGUUUGCAUGUUAUAUGUUUUCAGUUCUGUGCUCUUAUCCAGUGCCGUAUCAUUUUAUUUAAUGACCGUUUGAUUUGAGAAACACAGAUUUAAAAGCAGUUUAAAUUGAGCUCUUUCAGGUGCUUCAAUGCUUAAAAGCCUCACCUGCGUACCUGCUCCUUACAAGGCCUCAUUUCCACCACACAGUGCGACUGAUUCUUGGUACCACCAUUUUUGGUGUUUUAAGCAAGCUAAGAAAAUGCUGAAAUUCUGCAUUUCCAAAGCCACAUACGUGCCAUCGUUGCUCUUCAUGUGUUUUGCUUCGUGUAAUGUUGCACCUUGCUGUGAUGGCUGCUCUUCUCGACGUUGAGGUGAAGUGGGAAGCUGGUACCAAAAAGCGAGUAAAGUUGAUGAUGAGGCUUUGGGGAGCAGGAGCAGCAGCUGUGUGGAUAUUGUUACACAUGUGCCAAAUGUCCACUGUGAGCAAAACUCUAAAGCCGGGAUGUCAAACAUCAGUUCACAGCCCACGAAUGGCCACAAAUAAUCUUAAGUGAGCCACGCCCGUAAGAUUAUGUAUGUGUCGUCUUUGUCUUCUUCUUCCAGCUGCUCCAAUUCAGGGUCACCACAUCGGCCCCUAUCUCACCCUGUCCCUAGCACACCACACCAGUUAUCCCACUCCCUCGUUACUUGUUGUUAAUUUACAUUUUCUUGUUUAAUGGGUCGUCCAUUUAGAAACUACAUUUUCUGCAUCCUACAAAAGUGCAAUCUCAACAGUAUGCCUCAGCUUUUCCACAUUCACAGAGUCUGUUGUCAUUUCAGUUACCAAUGACGAAAGUGUUAACUUGUCUAGAUUUAAAACUAUUAACUUUUCAGAUGUUGUCACUCCUUGCUAGUGAAGCUGAGAUCUCUCCCAGUUCUUACACUUUGUGAAGUCAUCAAAUGAGCCAAAAUGGACCUGGUUCUGGUCCCCCCGGGCUGCAUGUUUGACACCCCGUGCUCUCAAAUAACUCUUUCUUCUGACUUUAUGCAAACUGAGUCAAUAAAAAAGGUCACGUUAGAGCAAAUUACAACACGUUACUUGAAAAAUGUGUUCUGGGGACAGUAUUGACCUCUCCUUGAGUGAUUUACAUUUUGGUUUCCUGGUAAGCCAUUCCAUUGUCAUAUUUAUGCCAGUUACACCUGUUUGUAAACCAGAAGUCCCAUUGUAAUAACUUUUCUUUCUUUUUUGUUUCAUUUAUCGUAAGUGCCACUUCACUUGAACAGAAUAAAAAUCAUUGCAAUUUG